CACUUGGAAGACGGGGGCAAGGAAUCCUGGGGCCGUCCAAGCAAAGGGUAGACGGUGCUAGAGUCGGGCACUGAGGCCAUCACCGAGAAGCCGACCUGGUGGGAUCAUCCCCAGUUAGCCAGACCGCGCGCUUGAAGCGGACGGCAAGUCUAGAAGAGCUUACGCUGGAGCCGGUCCAGAAGUAGGGCCAAUGUUCCCACGGCGCAUCGCGAGCAUUUCCUAGCCAGGUGCUCAGGUACGGGUUUCGAACAAUCAGAGGGAGGACAGGAGGAGUCAAUGUGGAAGCGCUGGCCGUCGCUGCGACGACCAGCAACGAGAAUAAACGCAUGAUGGGGCAGGCGUCCCGAGAACCAGCUCCGAGAACAGACGGAUACUUGGCGGGAGCGAGUCCUAGAAGAGGCUGCGAUCAAGGAAGGCAAUGGGAGUGUCAAAGUGAAGUAUGUGCAGUGAAGUUUGCGCCUCCUUGCGACACAGGCUGGGAACUUUGCAAAAGAGUGAGAAGGGCGGUAGCUUUUGACACAAAGAGGGAACAGGUGAAGUUGAAGAGCGAUCAGGAAGAAAACGACUCAGGUCAUAAACCACUUCUUCAUCCUCGGCUUUGUUUUACAAGUAGCUCCAAGCACCGGCUGACAGCUUAUGGCACACAGCCUACCACAAGAGGUACCUUGGCUUGGGUUACGUGUAGGAGCUCCAAGACGACACGGGAACAGUUGGAGAAAUCUGGGGUCGUAGCUGAAGGUGACGCCUGGGGGUCACAGGUAAAGCACCCGAUCAGCAGUGCGGUUGCAGGAGGACGGCCGGAUGUACGUCAGGAGAGCGGGUCAGGUGCUUGCAAGGCUGCAUCGUACGCAGGUUAUUCGGGUUCCAUCGUGAUCCGCCCAAGUUGGCGACGGCCAAUGAGAGCAGCGUUCGCGACUCGACCGGCUCCAAUCAAACGUCAAGUGCCGCGCCACGAGCCCCUGUUUUGCGGAGACGGCGGGGUUGCUUUGUGCGGGGUUGAGAGCUCCCAACUUUCAAGAAGGUGCAACCCCCUGUGCCCAUUCAACUACCUACCUACCAACUAAUACCUUCCUAACCACCACCUCAGUGAAGGUAGGGAAGUCAUUGUGGUCAGGUCGCGUAGCACCUUCUUUUCCAACUCCGUCACCUGGUGUUUGUCAACCUUCUGGAAGCACAAGUCAAGGUAACUUCCGACACCCCAUCUUAUGUUUGCACGAUUUCCAGGGUUUGGUGAAGUUUGGAUGGAAGGUGUGGCAAAGUUGAUGAGAUUGAACGACAGUCUUCUCUACCAUGUAUAUUCACUACUUACUAACCACGGGAAUGGCAACUAGAAAGUACCUCAAUAUACGAUUGAUCUCCUCG